AUGCUGCCGCGCAGCACCCCAUUCCAGCCCAAACAGUGCUCGGAAUUCGGUCUCGAGAUCAUCUCCCACGAUAAGAAUGGCAACCCGACUGUGCGGUGUAAGUUCUAUGCUUUUGAAGGCCGUGACAAGGUGAAGAUAGUCGAGGGAGGAACUCGGAAGCGCAAGAGCCGUGGAGACAUCAAAUAUUUUACGAAAUCGUUCAUGCCGUUGAACUAUCGAAGCCACCUCCAAGGUCAACACAAAGAAUCAUGGGAGGCGUACCAGCAGAUGUCGAAUUCAGCCAGGGAGGCCUGCUUACAAGGCAAGAUCAACAUCGCCAAUACGCUCUAG